AAGGCUCCAACCCACAGCAAACAUAUUACAAGAGAUUCAUCAAAGAGAGUUAAACUCAAGACUGAAAGAAAGCAAAGAUGGCUGGUCAAUCCGUAGGUAAGGAAUCCUGGCCUGAACUGUUGGGAGCUGAAGGGACAGUUGCAAAGGAAAUAAUUGAGAGCGAAAACGCUUCAGUCACAGCAGUGAUAGUGCUAGAAGGAACACCUGUUACUAGAGAUUUCCGGCUUGAUAGGGUUCGUGUUUGGGUCAAUACAGAUGGCAUUGUUAUCAGUAUCCCUAAAAUUGGGUAACUGAUCGUCUGAUCGUCCAUAACCAUGGUUACUAGCUAGUCUUCUUCAAACCUGUGAUGAAAAUCAUAUGAAAUAAUACUGAAAUAAUAAGGAGAGAGUUGUAUUAAUUUCCAUGCAAUAUCAAUUGUGUUAAUUAAACAGUGUACCCAGUUUGUUUCCUUUUGUGUAUUCUUAAGGAAUCUAUAAACAAAGAAUAAUUGCCUUUUCUUUUCCUCUUAA